AUGUCUGAUUGCAACCCUGUUCCAGUAUCAGCUCAACGCUCGUAUCGACCAUCUCAUGAGGUCACCAAUCGUAUUGCAGGACCGGUCAUCAUGAUGAUGCAAUUUCGAAAAUGGAGUGAAGCUGUAAACGGCACUGUCUAUCUCAGUCACUCCUAUGAAUCUGUUCUUGACAAGGCCAAGAAGACCUUCUCCUACACAUCAAUCAAGAUCUACGUUGACACGUAUGAUGAUAAAACUAGUAUCAACAACCUGCGCCGGUGCUUAGAAGUGGUCGAUGACACCGCAAUCAUCUGGCCAAGCCAGGCAUCGCAUCCGUACGUGUCAGCAGAAAAGUUCCUCAGAGACGUUAUAAUGAAACAGGAGCCGGGUACGACCUUUGUCUUGGCCACCGAUGAGAAUCCGACAGCGCAAAAAACUCCAAUCUGGCAGCAAGUGAUCGAGAAGCAUCAUGGUACACCAUGUCAGAUCAUUCGUUACACUCCUGGCGGAGUCUUUCUCAGAUCUAUUCUCAAUGGAUUCACUUCAGACGUACCCAUUCAGAGGAGCGAGCCAAUCCUCGACCCGCAGCCGCUGUCCAACGUUUACUCUUCCGGGGAACUCUCUUUACUUUCGGAACGGCCGAUUCUUGAUACAGACGCUCUCGUUGAUCGCCAACAGGUACAGACUCAGAGCCUGAUCGUCGAGGAACUUGGCUUACAAGCCAACGUGGUCGUUCCGACGGCCGAUGAAAUUCCGUCUCAGCAAAGUGUCGCUCAGAACGUACCGACCGAGCGGGCUGCUGCGCAGGCUAGCAGGGUCUUCCCCAAGGACGAAGACAAAGUCGAAACCUCGAAUGUCGUGGUCACUGAGAAAGCCAUCGGAAAGAAAGGCCACUGGUACAAGCUCACCCGACACAUCUGCACCGGCCUCAUAGGCAUCGCCAAAAACGUCAUGCCGGGAACGACGACCGGUAUUUGCGAGAACACCGAUAUUAACGAUCAACUCAGAACCCUAUCUUUGGCACCGCAAGUGAAAAACAAAUUGCCUUCGAGCAACACGAAAGACUCUUUGGCUGUAAUUCUCAUCGAUUUGGCUGCCUGGAGCUUCAUCAGCCAAAGUGAUUGUCAAGAUGUUCAGGCGAUGAGCGAGAAUUUUGCGACCUGGUAUCAGCUAAUAAUGUAUAAUGCGAUACGGCCCGUCGAUGGAGGUGACGCCCAUGGCAACAAGUACUCUUUCUCGUCUAUUGCUGUCUAUGUCCGCCUUGAGAACAUCGGCAAAUGGUAUGCUGCCAUCCAUCCCAGACUUCGAGCGGUAGAAGCGGUCUGGGGGACACCCAUCAUCUCGGUCGAUAUCUCCGCGGAAAUCACGGAAGCCAAGCUGCAUCACGAAUUUUCCGCUGGCAACCGGGAAAUACAAUACGUCUAUGUGACCGAUGCCCCUGAAAGUCAUAAAACACCUUACUGGACAUACGUACCAUACCACAAUCAGUAUCCGAACAGGAAGACGGCGUUCGAAAAAAUCCUGACUGUCGCUUAUCAGUGCGGUCUUAUCGAGCAUAUCGAUAUCGUCCUGCCGCAAUUCCGUCGAUGGUGUAACCGUGAACGAAGCCGAGACCCGCUUCCACCCGCUUGCAAUGCCGCUGAAGGACGGGAGCUUCGGAAAAUUCGGGAUGACGUCGACGUUGAAGCAGAAGAUGCAACCAUCCGAAGCGCUUCGAUCUUUGGCCCUCCCUGCGAUGAGUACUGUCGGAAAAAGACGAACCAGAGGGCCUUCUUCCAUUUUUUGAAACGGGCUGUUUCACCUCUGGAAUACACCGAACGGAAACACGACAUACGUGAAGAGGUUGAACGAUACUCGAUACUCUGUCCACUAUGCGGUAAUCUUAAAUACGGCGAAGACAUGAUGACCGUAAAGAAUCCUUUCCCUAAGCCGAACCACGAUCCACCUCCAGAGAUCGUCUGCGUGAUCAACAUGAAGGCAUGGGAGCUAUGGCAGGAUGUGACGGACCACGAAGCCCUCAUUCGCUGGGUUCGAGGUAUCACAGACCUCGUUUACGAUCGCGUCCCGAAUCAAGGUCGCAUUUAUGAUCACGUCGAGCAUACAUCGUCAACGACAUCGACGACGACGAUGAAAUCCACACAUAUCCGGACGUUGAAGCCUGGGAAUACGGUUCGGAUCUCACGGAAGCCAAAAGGUUCUUCAAGAAAAGACAACAUGAUCUACUUCUACAUCAGCGAUGACCAAGAAUCCCUAUCCCACCCUUACUGGACGGAAAUCUUCCGGAACGACAUUUUCAAAGCGGCUCAUCAUCUUCGCUACCGCUUUCCGACCAUGGACAUCCACGAAGAAGCAGUGAGACGAGAGAUGGAGGUGAUCUACGCGCAAGGACCUGUCGAACACUUUCACCUCGAACCUGUACCUCAGGUUGCGAAGUUCGCCGGUCUUCCUACGGCGGAACGAUCCAUCCACAGUUCGUCCGACGUUCAAACCGGAAACUCGCAGAACCACGACCAGAAGUUCGACUCCCAAACCGCGGGAGAUCUGGUCGGCGGGAACGCUGAAGGAUUCUUAUCCUUCUUAGAAAGGGCUGUUCGUCUGUUCGAGAGGUUGUGCCGAACCUUCCGACAAGCAAUUCUGUUUGACUCACGUAUGAACCGAGUGAUUGGCACAUCCAGUAGGGCAAUGGUCGUGUCUCUCCGGGGUGACGAUGGGAAUAGGGUCAAAGUGAUCAACCCUGGCAGCAGAGUCGGCACGUCGAGCGUUGUGCUCGCACAUGGGAGGGUGCUCGAAGGAAAUCUACAGUCAGGUAAUCCUGCGAGUCAUCUGCGGCUCAACGCUCACUUGAACAUCGCUGUCUUCCAUCAACGUCUCCUUCGUCUUGGGUAUCAUGUUGUUCGCAUGAUCAAUCACGACAAACAUCAUCUCUCCGACCCUGUGUUCUCCUCCCUGGACGAAGAUUUGUGGUACUACGUUCUGCGCUGUCCAACCUUGUCCAAUCUUACAAGCGAUCACGCGCUUGAAUCCACAGGCCACAGCACGAUGUACACUCAUAUCACUAUUGCAGGGGAUCAAGCAUCGGAUCCGUUGUAUGUGUUACCUGCGACCGCUUUCGUAGUCAUCGAUUUCGAUGCAUGGAAGGCUAUCGAUUUCAACGCCGAAGCCAACUACACUGAGUGGCAGCGGGAGAUCGAACACAGGGCAUGGAGAUACAUGAUGGGAGCCGGUCAUCACGUCGGGCGGAUGACUACCCGCGUAGUGGUCGAUCAUCAUUCUCCACGAUGGCCCGGGCUUGAUCAAUGGGGGGUGAACACGAACUCUAUCAAUGAGUUGAACGACGAGCCCCUUGCGAUGGUCGAAGACGUUUGCCAAGAUAUUAUGCAAUUGGGACAGGUCGUCUACUUUUACUUCUCCGACAGUCCCCUCGGCACGUCCCAGCCUCUGUGGCACUUUCUCCACGCUCAUCCAAACGUCGAAGCGGCCCAUUAUAUUCAGUUUGAUGGGAUUGAUCAGGAGCUCGUCACGUCUGGGCUUGUGGAUAAGAUGACCUCGAUCUACAACCAGGCUCCCGCACAGUACUUUUACCACCAGAGAAUCAACCCAGACCAAGUCGGGGUUGAACUUGUCGAGUCCGUCCCGACUGAUUCCGUGAUGUCUGUUUCGUCCUAUUCUGCAGAUACCACCUCGGAGGAAGCGUUCUAUGAGAACCCCAGCAAGCCUGCCGGGGCUGUCGAGCCGACUAGUCAAGUGUCCCCCCAACUCGACGAAGGAUUCCCUUCGUAUCUGGAGAGGGCUCUCAAAGUGUACGACAAGAAACAACAGCCGUUGCACUUGUUCUUAAAGAGGGCGAUCGCCGUGUACAAGAACAAAGAGAAGCUGACGAAAAUGAUCGAACGCAUCUACCUCAUGCAUGCCGUUGACAUCAUGACUGUCUAG